AUGGAAAGCUAUAACAUUUCUGAAGGGAAAAAGCUUUUGGACCUUUUGGACUAUGAUUGUGUACCCAGAGAAUUCAGGAAUUGGUGUGCUGAAGAUCCGGGAAGAGUUUUGCAUAUUUUGUAUAUUUUGGAGAGUAAAUAUAAGUUGGAAAUGCAAUUUAUUUGUGAUCCAGCAAUUACGAGACAUCCAGAUCCUGGAUACACUUGGGUUUAUGGUGGAAUGUCUGCGGUUACUGUAAUUUUGGGAAUUAUGGGUGCAUCGAAGGUUAGGAAGGAUUGGGAAAUAGCCAAACUGCAAAAACUCGAAUCGGAAACUUCCAAUGACCCAAAUCUCCUGAAUGCUCUUCCGGACCAAAAUCCUAAAUUUCUCCGAGCCCCUCAAAGAUAUCGUAAUCGAAGGAUGGAUUCUGGAAAACGAAUGAUGGAAGCGAGGAAGGGAUUUGUAGAAAUAGAGAGAACUACAGUAAUCCCGACAUUUUUGAAGUUAGACAAACGAAGGAAAUAUAAAAUUUCGAAAGAUAAAAUUCCCAGAAUUAUUAUCGAAGGUCCAGAUGACAUAUUUUGA